AUCACUGGAAAAGUAACUCCUCAAACACUUCAGGCUUAUGUUGUGUGACCAGCAAAUUCUCCUUAACUGGCACUGAUAAAACAAGGGUGAUCACCACAAGCCAUGUCUAUAAAAGGAAAGAUACUCUCGAUCUUACUGUGCCUAGCAGUAGCUGGCUUGGUCUAUAAGUCCACUGAUAAGACAGUUGGCAGGUUCAUGCCAUUCUUCUUCCAUUCAAAAAUUACUCCAGACGACGUCUUAUCCCCAGGGAACGGUAUCAUAUUUAUAGAGACCACAGAUCGAAUGGAUCUGCCCUCCCUAGUGUUAUGUGCUGUUGAGUCAGCAGCCCGCAUUAACCCUGACAGGCCCGUGACUUUCUUCAUGAAAGGGUUACCUGAUAUAAACUCAGCAGAAGAUCAAAGCCGAGCACUGAACAGUUUCCCAACCCUUGCACCCUAUACUAAUAUCUACCUUUUCCCUCUCCAUAUGGAGACUUUGCUUAGCGAAACACCCCUUCUGCCGUGGUAUCAAAAGGUUGACCCUAAGAAAGAAGUUCAUUGGGCUCAUGUCAGCUCUGAUGCCUCCAGGUUGGCACUGAUAUACAAAUUUGGCGGCCUUUAUAUGGACACCGAUAUCAUAUCAUUACGGCCUGUUCCAGUAGAGAACUUCCUAGUUGCAGAGAGUUCUCAGCUAUCCAGCAAUGGUGUUUUUGGCUUUAAUGCCCAUAGAGACUUCACUUGGACAUGCAUGGAAGACUUUGUCAAGAAUUAUAAUGGAGAAAUUUGGGGACAUCAAGGACCAGCCCUCUUCACUAGAGUCCUUAAGAAAUUUUAUUGUGAUAUUCCUCCAUUCAAGGGUGACGAAGAUCUCAAGUGUGGAAACAUCUCAUUCCUUAAUCCUCGUCGCUUCUAUCCAAUAGAGUGUCGAUUCUGGAUGAAGUUCUUUGAAGUAUGGAAUGCAUUUCCAACUUUCGAAGACACUUACGCUUUGCAUCUCUUUAAUUAUGCCAAUCGUGCUGAGCGUAGGGUAAUGGUUCCAGGAAGCAACACAUUGGUGGAACAUCUUUACUUGGAGAAUUGUCCUGUUACUUUUCAAGCAGUUUUCGAGAAAAAAAGUACCCACCUUACUAAUGUUCCAUAAAUCUAAGGGAAAGGGAUUGUGGUGGUGCAAUACUAGCCAGCAGUUUACAUUCAUGCCUUGAAAUUUGUUAACCAAACCACGUUAUACUCAUAAAGUCUUUGUUUGCACCAUAACUAUGCAUACAGUACACAGUGGGGUCGUCAAUACUAGAGCAUAUCAAUCAAGCAUCUAUAACAGCCCAUAACAUUGAGCAUGUACAGUGCAGUCAACUCAAGGGCACCCCAUUGACAGGGC